UGGUAUAUGCAUGUCAUCACUCUAUUCCAAAAUACCAAGUUGAACCAAAAUAGAAGUGUUCAAAGUGCAGAAAACUUCAACUAUUUUAUGACCAAUACAAUACAUCUUCAAAAUUAAACCACCUUCAUACAAAUUUCAUACCCUAUAAAUACAAUUGCUUCAACACAAAUUCUCUUCACCAACAUACAAUAUUAUCAACUCUUUUCAACAAACAUUUCCAAUUAGCAAAUAACAACAAUAUGAGUAAAAUGGUUUCUAGCUUGAUUUUGAUAUUUCUAUCAAUAUCUUCACUGGCUUCAGCAUCUCUCCAGGUUGGAUUCUAUGGCUACACAUGUCCAUCUGCUGAGACAAUAGUGAGAAAUACGGUUAACAAAGCUGUUUCACAAAGCCCUGGCUUAGGUGCUGGAUUGAUCAGAAUGCAUUUUCAUGAUUGCUUUGUUAGGGGUUGUGAUGCUUCUGUGUUACUAGCAUCAACACCAGGAAACAUAGCUGAGAGAGACAACUUCGUCAACAAUCCAAGCCUACGCGGCUUCGAGUUUAUCAACGAGAUCAAGGCCCAACUAGAAUCGGAAUGUCCGCAGACAGUAUCGUGUGCGGACAUUCUUACCUUUGCAGCAAGAGACAGUGCUCUCAAGCUCAGUGGUGGUACUAUAAACUACGAGGUACCAUCAGGGCGAAGAGACGGCCGUGUCUCUAUCGGAGACGAAGUGCCAAAAAAUCUACCCGCACCUUUCUUCACCACCGAUCAACUCAUCGCAAACUUUGCACAGAAAGGGUUAUCCGCCGAUGAAAUGGUUACACUCUCGGGAGCACAUUCAGUUGGUGUAUCACACUGUUCUUCUUUCUCGAACCGUUUGUAUUCAUUUAGUAAUACAAACGCUGUGGAUCCUUCCAUGGAUCCAUCAUUCGUUGAAUCAUUGAAAACAAAGUGUCCAGUUCCACCAAGUAGCAACGAUCCAUUAGUGGUGCUUGAUGUUGGUAGUCCUAAUCGUUUGGAUAGUGUUUACUAUGAAGGAUUGGUUAACCAUCGUGGUUUGUUGACUUCCGAUCAAACGUUGUUGAGUAGUGAAUCAACAAAAGAAAUUGUGGUAAAUAAUGCAAAUUAUGGUGCAAAUUGGGCUAAGAAGUUUGCAGAUGCUAUGGUGCAUAUGGGUUCUAUUGAUGUGGUAAGUGGCUAUGAUGGUGAGAUUAGGAAACAUUGCAACUUUGUCAAUUAAUACUACUAGGUGCUUGUUUUGUGACAACAAUUGUUUUGUUUUAGUUUGGUCAAAAGUCAAUGUGUAAAUUCCUAUUAGGGUGCAUCUAUGUCUUGUUGUGUAUUUCCCUUAUUAUUUUGCUUUCUAUAUUCUUGAAGUGUAUUAUAUUUGUAAUUCAUAUAAUUCUAUUUGUUCUGUUAGUA